AUGCACGCCCCCACCGUUCUCAUUCUCGCCCUUGGCGCCUUCGCCUCCGCCCAAAAGUUCAUAGACUUCCCCAACAGCUUGAAGUGCCAGACGGACGGAGCCGGCAAAGAAUUUGCCAACAUUACAAAGAUAGAUGCCCAGGAUGCUGUAAAAGGCCCCAACGGAAAUGUGAUUAACAACUCUGCCGCCGACGCCGCCUCUGGUAAAUGCGUCAAACUCUCUGGUGUUCCUUUUUACGCAGGCAGCGUGCCUGGUAAGGGAAGCAUCUACUUUGCUUACGACAAGGCACAGGAUACAUACUACUUCUGCUCGGCACAAGGAGCUGUGGAUAAUAAGUCAGGUUAUCCUGCUUCAUGCACGGAGAAUUAG